UUUCAUAAUAUCCAACACACACACACACACACAUACACACACACUCUCAUGGCCAAUACUCUCGCUCCUCCUCUUCUCUCUCUCCUCUUUCUCACUCUCUUACACCCUUUACACUCCUCCUCAGAUGCAUUCAUCUAUGGAGGUUGUUCACAAAUCAAAUACUCACCAGGCUCACCAUACGAGUCCAACCUUGACUCACUACUCACCUCGCUAGUCAACUCAGCCACCUACUCGUCCUACAACAAAUAUAGCAUCUCCGGGUCCACCCAACAAGACAUCAUCAACGGUCUCUACCAAUGUAGAGGCGACCUAGCCAUGCCAGACUGCGCCACAUGCGUAGCGCGCGCAGUGACUCAACUCGCUCCACUGUGCUCGCAAGCAUGUGGCGCUGCUAUCCAGCUAGAAGGAUGUUUUGUGAAGUAUGACAACACGAGUUUUAUUGGGCAGGAAGAUAAGACGGUUGUGAUGAAGAAAUGCGCUCCCGCAGUUGGGUAUAAUCCUGAGGUGAUGGGGCGCAGGGAUGCGGUGUUGGCGAGCUUGGGUUCGACCGGUGGGUUGUAUCGGGUUGGUGGUUCGGGUGAUGUGGAGGGGGUGGCUCAGUGUGUGGGUGAUUUGAGUAAUGGGAAGUGUCAAGAUUGUGUGAAUGAGGCGAUCGGACGGUUGAAAAGUGAUUGUGGUGGUGCGGUGUUUGGUGAUAUGUUUUUGGCUAAGUGUUAUGCUAGGUAUUCUACUAGUGGAGCUCAUGCUUAUGCUAGAUCUCAUCAUGGUGACCAUGAUGAAGCCGAAAAGACAUUUGCAAUAAUAGUUGGAUUACUUGCCGGGGUUGCGCUCAUAAUCAUUUUCUUAACUUUCAUGAGAAAAGCCUUCGGCCGACAUGGUAAAUAAAUGAAAAACUUUAUGAAAAGUUGAAAGGGUUGCAUGCAUGGUCUCCACCCUCAUCACAUCUGCUGUUUCAAUUGCUUUUCUUUUUUCCUUCAUGAUGUAAACUUAAAUUUUAAUUUUAGUUUAUCGUAAUCAUUACUUUUAAAUUGGAUUUAAGGCAUAUGUAAUGAAUAAAUUCAGUUAGAUUUGUUUAAAUGGCUGUUGCUAACUUCAACUUAUGUAUAAUGAAUUUGUGUUUUACA